GGACCUUACUACGCUAUGGCCGCACUGCUCCGACUGUUGUUUGAUGCUGUCACGUUCGUCAAUCCAAUGCUGCUAAGUCUGCUGAUUACCUUCGUAGAAACUGGCGACCCGCUCACGUGGCGGGGUUACUUGUUAGCCGUGGCGAUGUUCUUAGUCAGCAUGAUCCGUUCUCUGCUCAAUCAAAACUACAACCGAAUUUGCUUGAGAGUUGGGCUAAGGGCGCGUUCGGCCAUCAUAGCAACUGUGUAUAGGAAGUCACUGAAGUUAAGCAACGCUGCAAGGAAGAAAUCAACAGUCGGGGAGAUCGUGAACUUAAUGUCAGUGGACGCACAGAAGAUGCAGGUGUCACCCAUCUACCUACAUUUUCUUUGGUCUUCGGGCUUAGCAAUCGUCGUGGCACUGGUACUGCUAUGGCAAUAUCUAGGUAUGGCCACAUUGGCAGGUCUUGCUGUCAUCAUACUUCUCAUGCCGGUCAAUGCUUACUCCGGUACACAGAUAAGGGCACACCAAGUUAAACAGAUGUCUAUGAAAGAUCAAAGAUUGAAAGUUCUCAAUGAAGUAUUAAACGCUAUAAAGGUAAACACAGUGUCACUGAAGUUAAGCAACGCUGCAAGGAAGAAAUCAACAGUCGGGGAGAUCGUGAACUUAAUGUCAGUGGACGCACAGAAGAUGCAGGUGUCACCCAUCUACCUACAUUUUCUUUGGUCUUCGGGCUUAGCAAUCGUCGUGGCACUGGUACUGCUAUGGCAAUAUCUAGGUAUGGCCACAUUGGCGGGUCUUGCUGUCAUCAUACUUCUCAUGCCGGUCAAUGCUUACUCCGGUACACAGAUAAGGGCACACCAAGUUAAACAGAUGUCUAUGAAAGAUCAAAGAUUGAAAGUUCUCAAUGAAGUAUUAAACGCUAUAAAGAUUUUGAAGCUUUACGCUUGGGAAGAGUCAUUUAAAAACAAAGUUACAGGAAUUCGUGACAUGGAGCUUGUUUCACUGAGAAAUGUACAGAUCGCAAGUGCUUUCACCGCCAUUGUUUGGUUUUGUGCGCCGUUACUGAUGACUUUGGCCAGUUUUGCAACUUUUGUGCUCUUGGACCCCAGCAAUGUUCUUGACGCAAACACAGCGUUUGUUUCUUUGUCCCUAUUCACCAUUGUCAACAGUUAUGUGGACGCAGUCCCCAUAUCUAUAAUGUACCUGGUACAGGCUGGUGUUUCUAUCGGACGUCUGAAUAGAUUCCUCAAAGAAGAAGAGCUUACAACCGUGGUCGAUAGGACCGUGUCAUCUAAUGGCGCCGUAUCUGUGCAAGAUGGCACGUUUAGCUGGGAUAGAGAUGAACCAACGACACUGCAACAUUUGAAUUUUGAAAUCCCCCCUGGCUCUCUGGUGGCUGUGGUAGGACAGGUUGGAAGUGGAAAGUCUUCCCUUCUCAGUGCUCUGCUAGGAGACAUGGAGUGCAUAUCAGGGGAAAUUAAUGUAAAGGGUUCGGUGGCCUAUGUUCCACAGCAAGCAUGGAUACAAAACAAAACUAUCAAAGAAAAUAUCAUGUUUGGAAAACAGUGGAACCAGUCCUUUUACAGGAAGUGUGUUCGAACAUGCGCUUUAGACCCGGAUUUAAAAAUCCUCCCCGCUGGAGACCAAACAGAAAUAGGAGAAAAGGGUGUAAAUUUAAGCGGUGGUCAGAAGCAGCGAGUGAGCUUGGCCAGAGCGGUGUACCAAGAUUGUGACGUGUACCUCAUGGACGACCCUCUUAGCGCAGUCGACAGCCAUGUUGGAAAACACAUCUUUGACCAAGUGAUUGGGCCGGAAGGAUUGUUGCAAGGAAAGACGAGGGUUUUGACCACAAACGGCAUCAGUUUCUUGCCAAAGAUGGACACCAUCAUAGUAUUGACCAAGGGAGUAAUAUCAGAGAUAGGCACUUAUCAAGAAUUGCUGAGUCAUAAUGGUGCCUUUGCUGAAUUCUUAAAAAACUACUUGAACGAGAAAGAAUCAGGGAGCGAGAGUGAGGAAGAAGGGGCAUUAAAGUAUACCAAUCACCCGAAAUAUUACACUGUAGAUAUGAGAUCGCAGUUAAGGCGACAGAUUUCGGUACUCUCGGGUUCAGAUAGUGAAAGUGAACAGGACCACCAUGUUCGGAAGCGAAAAAAACAGACCAGCAGACAGACCAGCAGGCAGACGUCGUUUGGAGAAUCAACGCAUGCGAAGGAAGUGAAGAAGAUGGGGGAACAGUUGAUUGAGGAGGAAUAUGCUGAAAGGGGAACGGUUAAAUACACUCACAUGCUGAGUUAUAUUCGCGCUAGUGGGCUGAGGUCUAUUCUCAUGGUAGCGAUCGGAUAUAUUGGCUUUGUAUCUUGUCUGAUUGGUGCUACUAUCUGGCUGAACUUGUGGAGCAAUGACCAAGUCGUUAAUGGCACCCAACAGCUUACUGAUCUCAGGCUAGGAGUAUAUGGGGGACUAGGGGCGGGGCAGGUUGCUUUUAUCGUCGUGCAGUAUUUUGGGAUCGCUUUUGGAUGUGUGGCUGCAUCUCGUACCAUACACAAGUCUUUCCUGGAGAGAAUCAUGCGGGCACCAAUGUCUUUUUUUGACACGACGCCUCUUGGUCGCAUCAUGAACCGUUUCUCCAAGGACAUGGAAACUGUAGACAGCAGCCUCCCUCUCACAGUGGAAACUAUCCUGGCGGCGGGUGCACAGGUUAUUGCAGUGGUCGUCGUUGUCCUGUACAGCACGCCUAUCUUUGCUGUGGUCUUACUGCCGUUGUCUGUUCUCUAUUUUAUGACACAGAAAUUAUACCUGUCAUCUGCCAGACAGUUUAUACGAAUUGAUGCUACAAAGAGAUCGCCAAUAUAUUCACAUUUUGGUGAGACUCUGGCAGGGGUGAGUUCCAUUCGAGCUUAUCAACAGCAAAAAAGAUUUGUGCAGCUCACCGACAAAAUGAUAGACGAAAAUCACAUGGCUUGGUACGGAUAUAUUAUGUCAAAUCGGUGGUGCGGUAUUUUAAUGGAAACAUGUGGGUGUUUCGUCAUCCUAUUUGCCGCCAUUUUUGCUGUCCUGGCAACUGGAUCUGGAAGUAUCACAGGAGGAGACGCCGGGAUGUCCAUCUCUCUGUCGCUUAACGUAACUCAAAUGCUAAAUUACCUCGUAAGUGCAAGCUGCGACUUUGAAAUUCAAGUGGUCGCUAUAGAAAGGAUCAAGGAGUAUUCAGCAGUAGAAGUUGAGGCCCCUUGGGACAUUGAUCACCGCCGUCCACCCCCAGAGUGGCCACAGAAAGGAGAGGUCCAGUUUGACCAGUACAGUGUCCGUUACCGGCCUGGACUGGACCUUGUGCUUAAGAAUGUCACAUUCCAAGUUCAGCCGGGAGAGAAGGUUGGUAUAGUUGGUCGCACAGGUGCAGGGAAAUCUUCACUCACCUUGGCUCUGUUCAGAAUCAUAGAGUCCGCAGCCGGUAACAUCACUAUAGAUGGAAUUAAAAUCGCUGACAUUGGAUUGCAUCAGUUGCGCUCAAAAAUCACAAUCAUACCACAGGACCCUGAACUAUUCUCUGGGACAUUGAGGUCGAACUUAGACCCAUUUGGUUUGUACUCUGUUCAGGAUGUAUGGAACGCACUUGAGCAUGCGCACUUGAAAGGCUUUGUGGCCACUUUGCCUGCAAGGCUGCAACAUGAAAUGUCUGAGGCCGGAGAAAAUUUGAGUGUUGGACAACGGCAGUUAGUGUGUCUUGCAAGAGCUCUUCUUCGGAAGACCAAGAUCCUUGUUUUGGAUGAAGCAACUGCAGCCGUUGACAUGGAGACGGAUGACUUAAUCCAAUCCACGAUUAGGUCAGAGUUCAAAGAGUGCACCGUGAUAACUAUAGCACACAGACUGAAUACAAUCAUGGAUUAUGACAGGGUCCUAGUGCUGGACAACGGUACCAUUAAGGAAUUCCAACCACCCAGUGCGUUACUUCAGGACAAGAGGAGCACGUUCUACGGAUUAGCUAAAGACGCAGGAUUGGUUUAAAACGGACAUUUGUGUACUUGUACAUGUAAUAGGUGUACCAUUCUUAGUGCCAGUGUCUCUGAUGCUGCCUUCGUGCUUCGGACUUCCAAAUAAAAUGACUGACCUUGUGAUAUAUCUGUCAACUUAGUUUUAAACAGCGCACUUGACAUUUGUUUACAUUUCUGAUUUGGAGACUUAUCGUGGUUACCCGAAUCAGCAUCGUAAAGUCGUAAAGUAUUAAUAACUUCAAUGUCAGUUUAAGGUCAAGCGGACAGCAGCCACAAGAUUAAAAGAGCGCUGUUCUCAGUAAAAGGUUACAUGUACCUUAACGUUUGAGGAGACCGGAGGAAAAGACAACGAUAAAAGUGAUAAAGUUGUUUAUUCAACUGAGAGACUUAUAACCGAAUGGAAUGAUAAAGUGGUUACUGGAUUAUGAUUAACGAGUGUUAUGGCCAACUCAGUUACUGUGGAGUUAAAUGCCAACUUCUCUGCAGUAAAUAUAUGCGACAAUUACUGGUAGUACAGAGUGAUAUUAUUAUUACUAAUACACGCACAUUUCGUUGAAAAUAAUAGACACGAUAACAGCAUAACAGUCGAUUUACAAUUUAAAAUUU